GUGUCGUCGUUGAUGCACUCAAUCCGCCACACUGCUCUGGUCGUACCUACGGAUUGAAACAGAUUGUUUAAAAUUACAUACACAGCUAUCAUUUUUAAUUAUUGUUCCGAAAUGUCAACGUCUACGCUAAAACAAGAACCACCAGAAAGAAAAAAAGUUAAAAAAAAAAUGAGCAAGGCACAAAUGCAGUUAGCAAUAAUUAAAAAGAAACAAUGUGAUGCUAAAGCUUUAACAAUUGUUGAACAACUUUUAGAACCUAAUAUUGAUUCUCAGUGGCUUUUGUAUAAUUUAAGGUACAUUAAUAAAAAUCAUAUGGAAGAUGUGAUUGAAGAAAGAUCUAUAAUUAAAUUAUGUGGCUAUGUAUUAUGUUCCAAUGCAUUAACAACUGUAAUUGAUCAAAAGUAUCAUAUUUCAACAAGAAAAAAUAAAGUUUACGAUAUAACUCGUCGUAAAAACUUUUGUACUUCCCGGUGUUAUGGAGCUUGUAAUUACCUGUUGGAACAAAUGUUAACAAGUCCACUUUGGCUCAGAGACAAAGAAGAAAUACCAGAAUUUAAACUUCUACCAGAAAAAGAUUUGUUAGAAAGAAGUACACCUGGAGAAGAAAUUCCUUUGUGGAAUACAAAUAUAACAGUACAUUCUGAUAACAAAGAUAAACUGGUAGAACACAAUGAAAUAUGUGAAGAUGUGAAAGACAAACCUCUCAAUAAGGAUGUCAUAUUUGAUAAUGAGUGUAGCAUAUUAGAAAGUUCACAAACAAUUAUUAAAGCCACAGAAAUAAGUGAUAGUAUUCAAGAAUCAGAAGAAAUGAAAGAAAAAUUUUUAAAGAUUUCUGAUAAAGAUCCUGAAUAUGUGAGAAAUGAAUCCAUUCAUUUGGAGGAUACAACUAAUAAUCCUAAACAAUGUACAAAUGAUACUACUAUCAAAGACCUAAAUAAUGACGUUACUUGUCUUAAUGAAGCCAGAGAUUGUAAUAAGAUUAAUAACGAAGAACAAACUAGAUUAAGUGAGGUAUUAGAAACAGAAUGUAAUAUAACUGCUAUUAAACAAGAUAGCAACCAUCUUGAACAAAAAAUAGAAAAUAAAAAAAAUAAAAAACAUAAACAAAAACAUCAUGUUAAAGAGAAGCAAUCAAGCGAAUUUUAUAAUCUUACAAUGCACAUUGAAUGUAGUGUGAAGGAGUGGAUUACUGAAGAUACUCUUUGUUUAUUAUCAGGUGAAGAAGACAUUAAACAGCAGUUACUAGAUAAUAUAAGGCAGCAUAACAAAUACUUGCAUUUAUGUAAGAAGUUAAAUAAAUUACAAUUAGAAGAUGAAAAAGAUGAUCGUAUAGAUAUAACCAAAAGUACUUUGAAACCUUUACCACAUUUGUCUGUUCUUCAAGAAGAGGGAAAGAAAAUAGAAUUAAAAGUACGAGCAUUCUACAAAGGAGAUUUGGUUACAGAAACUUCAAGCAAGAUCACAGAUGAUACAGAAAAGGAUGAACCUAUCCCAUUGUUACCUUUAAUAGAUGUACACACACCCAAAGCACUUCGACGUCGAAUUUUUUUGGAUAAACUUGAUAGGAUAUUACCGGAUUUAAUACAGGCUCUAGCUGGUAAUGGAUUACCACAUUAUACUUAUACCAGUGAGAAAAGUGCUUUGAUUAAAGCAUUAGUUAAUACUUUUUCAUUAUCUGCCACAAACAUUACUUUUAAAACUGCUGAAUGGACUCUUGUUGGCCUCAUUAUUAUUAAAAUGUUAGGCAUGAUAGAUCCACAGUUGAAAGUUUUACUGUCCAAGAAACAGGCCUCAAUGUAUAUUUCAAUGAUUUUAAUGUCAUAUAAAUUGGAUUCAAAUUAUUUAGAUAGAACAGUGGCAGAACUAACUAAUAACACCAAAAUAGUAAAUAUAGAUGAUACCAUCAGUUUCUAA